CAAGUCACUCACAGCAGAAAUCGUUCGGGGCCUUUCCGGUGGGCUACAGAGCAACUGCUAAACCACACUGUGACGAAGUUAGUCAGAAUUCUCUCUAUUGUGCAGUGGAUAGGUAGAUAUCACUGGAGAUGGAGAAAGGUUAUCCUAUGAACGAUGCGUCUCCACCUUACCCAGGACCACCUGUGAACUAUGGAGGGGUAGCCACAGAUCAGAUCCCCCAACCAGGGAUGUACCCACCACCCUCAGGCUACCCUGCCGCCACUGGUCUUCCACAACCAGGGUUCCAGCCUGGACCUUACCAGAUAGGUCCCCAACCGGUUGUUUACCCCCCACCACCCCAAAACAUUUCGGUACAAGGUGGACCUUUGCCAGUCGUGACCCACGUGGUAAUGGCUCCGGGCUUGACAGAUGCUGGAGGCCCCACUGUGUGUCCCCACUGCCAGCAGACAGUGGUCACUAGGACCGAGACCAACUCUGGCCUGCUCACCUGGCUCAUAUGUGGCAGCCUCUUUAUCGUGGGGUGCUGGCCAUGCUGCCUCAUUCCAUUCUGCGUAGACCCAUGUAAAGAUGUGGAGCACCACUGUCCAAACUGCAACAACAUCAUCUACAUCUACAAGCGCCUUUGAUUGACUUCAUCCCACCUCACUUUACUAUGAUGGUCUGACCGACUCGGACAACACACUUAAACAAAGUAAACAUUGGAGUCAUGCUGGCAAUGUUUCAAAAAGCAGUUUUUCACUUUUUUAAACAGCCAGCUACAGUUUGAUGUAAUAUAUGCUCUUUACCAUAGGCGUUUGUGUAGUGUAUGAUGUAUAUUUUUAUGGAAAGGACGGCCGGGAAGUGAACCCACAACUUCGGUAGUGUGGUAAGCACCAGAUGUUUCCAAUGAGUCACAGAUCUUUAGUCACACAUGGCACUUGUAAAGUGAAAAACGAUCUUGAUACCAAAGACCCAAUGCACUACUUCCCUGUACCAUACAAGACAUGCUUCCUCAAAAAUGUUGUAAACAUAAUUAACCUAAAUAAGAACAAACUAAAUUAUUUAAUGAACCAAAUUGGAUGAGACAAAUUUAAAACACUGCAUAGCCUGAUUCAGACACAAAUCCAAACCCAAAAGCCAAAGCCUUUUUUUUUUAUUCUUUUUUUUCAUAUUUGAAAAAUCAAGUAUGUCUGAUUAUUUGUUGUGUUAACAAGUAAAAUUGCAUCACCCCCGAUGUUUUAUUUAAAGUUCUCUUUAACUUUUUUGUAGUUUUGUAGUGAAGGCUGUAUACCCCUGAAGCCUAUGAACUGAAUAACAGUAUCAACAGUACAUUAUAAUUUUUUUAUAUUGAGAUGUAUCUAUCACCGUUCAUCAUUCUUCUUAUUGUCAUAGUGCUAUAUUGUAAUGUUUUUGUUGAACCACCUAUUCAGUGCCUUAACCCACCUGGUUCUCUUUAUCCUUUGAAUGUUCAACUACUCAUUUAUUAUAAAGGCCUGUUGUCAUUAUCUA